GGAAUUCGGAAUGAAAGCUGAAGAAGCGUCCACAGCCCACAAUGAGAAACGAUCGGUGUUUGGCCAAUUUGGGGCUUUUCAUGGAAUCAACUGCGACAAAACCAGAGAAUCGCACUGCUCCUCCCAAUUUGGGUUCACCUCCCAACAUGUCCCAAAAGAAAAGACCAACCAAUGGGUGUGUCACAGUUCUAUAAGUGUUUCCAACCACUGGGCGCCACAUCCAUGUGUCCUGUUGUAAGACUGUUUGUAUCCAACUUGGAGGAUUCCGAUUUCCUAUACUGUAUGUCAAGAUACCCUGCUAGUGACUAGUGAUGUUUCACAAGUAACUCCAAACUGCCUUGCCACUUUUUGCCGAUGACGUCCUGCUACCACCAUCUACCACCCAAGUGCCUAGAACUCCUGCCCGUUUCCGCGCCUCCGUCGCACACGUCGACGAGCUUCGUCAUCUUCGUUGCCAUGGCCUCGCAAAGCUUCGCAGCGGUGGAACGCGACAGCGGCUCUGAGGAGGUGGUGUCACGCCGUGCACAGGUUGUGAUUGGGCUUCAGAGGUAGUGACAACAGUCCGAGGCUCCUGGCCAGUGAAGAAGACCUUGUGUGUGGCUGGGGUCCUUUUGGCAGUGGUGGGCCUGGGAUCUCUGCGCUUCUCCAACCAAUGCCUCAACUUGGAUGCCUUACAGGGAAAGUCCGAGGCGCAGAUGAAUGAGGCACUUCUGAAGACGCGCAAGAAGCUUCUGGAGGUGAAGAAUCGGAGUUUGGCGGAGAAGACGAUCUUGAAAGCCAUGACGAAAGCGGGCCACGAUGCCCAAAAAGACUGGGAGGAGCAUCACAUCCGCAAGCUGGACACCUUGACGGUUCUGAAGGACCGCCAGGCCAUCAAAGACUUCCGCCGUGGGCAGCACAACAAGGAAGCUGGACAUGCGGAAUGCGCCUUCAACAUUUUGGAGGCCUUUGUCUCGGUGGUGGGCAUGGGCGACGACAUCAACGGCAUCGUCCGCACCUGCCCUCCUCCCCGCGACGGGGAGUCUGAGUUGGCGUGCCAGGUGGACGCAUCCAUCCUGGUGGCAUGGGUGGGCAACGCCGCGGCCAAGAUUUCCCUCGCGGCCUCCAACUGCGCUCUGUCGCUGAACGUCGACUCGGUCUGCGCGGCGGGCGUCACCGGCCUGGUGGCCGCCUUUGGCGAGAUCUCCGCGGGCGCCUGCCUGGGCGCGGCGGUUUGCACGCCGACGCCCCCAUCUUUGACCACUACCAAGAUCAGCGUGUUGGGUGAUCAGACAGUGCGCACGCCUGAAGCUGGGCGUCGUUUGUUGAUCGGUGAAGGGCCAGUUGGAAAUGGCGUCCAGUGUGGUGUGGAUGUGGGCAUGGUGGCGGCCAACAUCGCCAACAUCGGUUUGGCCAUCAACAAGGCAGUGAACGUGAAUCGCUGCGGAAAGUUCGCGACUGAGAAGAACCCCUUGAACGUCCUGAAGGGCAUUCCAGAUGCGCUGUGCACUGUGGACAUUGCUGGAGCUGUCGCAUACAUCAGUCAGGUCGUCACCUUCAUCAACCUCAUCGUCGUUCACUGCCAGGACUUCCUGGAUGUCAGCGCCCUGUGCGGCGGUUCCAUCGCCGCCAUCACCACCGGAGGUGCUGCCAUUGCUGCCUAUGGCGGCGCGGUGCACGCCGCCUGCCGCUACAACCACCUCCUGAAGACUCCGAAAGCCGUGGCGAAGAUCAAUGAGCUCUACACCCUUCCGGACCCCUUGCACCGCCGCUUGGAGGCGGAGGAGCAAGAGGAGCAGAUGCCUUUGGAGGAGAGCCUUAAGAUUAUGAACCAGAACAAGCUGAACUUGCAGAAGCACUUGGGCCACCUGGGGAUGAACAUCUCACACACUCAGAGCUACACCCAGGCUGACAAGGAGACCUUCUUGCGCUUGAUGGAGGGCGGUUUGGACACACCACGCGCGGCCGGACCCUUCCAGGAGUGUUAGGUUUGUUAGGUUCGGACCAAGCAAGUUGUAUAUCAAGGAGCCACAGGUAGCUCCCUCUCUUGACUGGACUUCGUGAUGGUGAUUUGCAUCUG